AUGACACAGGAGCAGUACAUUUUGGCGUCUCAGCCCAGUGCCCUCCAAAGGCCAGGUUGCCCUGCUCCGUACCCUGUGGGCAUUUACGGAUGGCGUAAACGCUGUCUCUACUUUUUCAUCCUUCUGCUUCUUGUCACCAUGAUUGUCAACCUCGCCCUUACCAUCUGGAUCCUGAAGGUCAUGAACUUUACUGUGGAUGGAAUGGGUACUCUACGAGUGACCAAAGAAGGUAUCAGGUUAGAAGGCGUCUCCGAGUUCCUUCUUCCUCUAUAUGUGAAGGAAAUUAAAUCAAGGGGGGACAGUCCGUUGGUUCUACAGUCGGACCGAAACGUGACGAUAAACGCGAGGAACGAUCUCAACCAACUCACAGGACAACUAACUGUGGGUUCAGAGAUGGUGGAGGCACAGUGCCAGCGGUUUGAGGUCAGAAGCAGUGAUGGAGACCGAGUGUUGUUCUCCGCCGACGAGGACGAGAUCAGCAUUGGUACCGACAAACUGAGGGUCACAGGUAAUGAGGGAGUGGUAUUCUCUCAUUCUGUGGAGACGCCACACAUUCGAGCCGAACCUUCCCAAGACCUGAAGUUAGAGUCUCCGACGCGGACUCUGACGUUGGAGGCACCUAAAGGCGUGGAGCUGAAUGCAGGAGUGGGCGAGUUCAGAGCAUCCUGCAGAAAAGAUCUAACCCUGGAGUCUUCGGAAGGAGAGAUUUUACUCAAUGCCAAAUCUAUUCGGUUGCCGAAUCUUCCUCAUGGUAGCGUGGACCCCCUGCUGAGCCCCGGUACCAGUUACCCCAAACCCACCGUGUACGAGGUGUGCGUGUGUCCGAGCGGUAAGCUGUACCUGUCCCCCGCCGAGAGCGCCUCCACCUGCCAGACCACCAACAGCGUGUGCUUAUGGAGCUGA